AAUCUAGAUCUGUCAAAACAGACAGAAAGCUGACGAUGAAAAGACCCAUGGAUGUUGUAAUGAUUGGUCUGGAAUCGACAUCUCGACUGAACUUCAUUCGUCAUAUGAAUUUUACAAAGAGUUUCCUAGAGCAGGAAUUGUCCACAGUGGAACUUUUAGGGUACAAUAAGGCAGGAUUGAAUACGUUACCAAACAUUGUCCCGAUGUUGUUAGGUCUCACACUAGAGGAAAUAAACGACACCGGAGGAUUCUUUGACCAAUAUCCAUUUAUCUGGAAAGACUUCAUGAAGGCCGGCUACAUGACUUUUAUUGGUGAAGACGAUUCGUCUAUUUCUACCUUUAAGUAUUUGGCUCACGGUUUUAAAUGGGCCCCGAUGGACUACUAUCUGCGACCAUUUGUGUUGGGACUAGAGACAACAAAUGGAGGAAAUAGACUUUGCUCUGGGAAUGUUCUGGUGUUACAAACUAUAUUUGAUAAAUUAUCAGAUUUUAUCAAAACAUAUCAUGACGUCCCUAAGUUUACGUUUUCGUUUAUAAGUAAACCAUCUCAUGACGACCAUAACGGACUAGGCACAGUAGAUCUCCCUCUGGUACGGACGCUUUAGGAUCUGAACUCCCGUGGUCUUCUUGACAACACCGUACUAAUUGUAUUUGGUGACCAUGGCAGUAGAUUUGGUCCAGUCAGGAAUACAUAUCAGGGUCGAUUAGAGGAAAAUUUACCUGCG